AUGCAGGAUAAACUCCCAGUAAUCCCGCUGCGUAUUGGCGGCAAGGAGAUGGCAUCGACCCCAUCCAUCCAAUUUCCAGUGUACUCCAACGCACAACAGAAAGAUGUCUCUUUAUGCGAGUCCGCUAAUGCGAGUACGGCAGCACUCGCGGCCGAUGCUGCUCAAGAAGCCUUCAAGACUUGGAAGAAAGUUCCAGCAGUAGAGCGUCGCGAGCUUCUGCAAAAUUACGCGAAGGCUUUGCGUGCAAAUGCGGACCAACUUGUCGCUGUUCAACAGGAGGAGACCAGUGCACCGGAGUUAUGGUGCCGCAAGAAUAUUGAACUUGCCGUUGGCUUGAUUGAGGAAACUGCCGCGUGCAUUACCUCGUUGAAAGGAUCUAUUCCCCAAACAAGUUCCUCAUCGGUUCUAUCUCUCGCGUUUACCGUGCCCAUUGGUCCUGUCCUGGUUAUUGCACCAUGGAAUUCUCCUAUUAUCCUUGGCGCGAGAAAUAUUGCCACUGCUGUCGCCGCCGGCUGUACAGUUGUUUUCAAAGUAUCGGAGAAUUGUUCUCAGCUGCACCACCUUCUCGUUCAGAUAUUUGAAGAUGCCGGGCUCCCUAAAGGCAUCAUCAAUGUCAUUCAAGCAAAUCGAGAAAUGGCCAGUGAAGUUACCGAGGCAGUGAUUGCCCACAAGGCUAUCCGAAAGGUCGAGUUCGUGGGAAGUGCCUCGGUCGGUCGUGCUAUCGGACAGCUCUGCUCGAAGUAUUUGAAGCCCAUAUUCAUGGAACUGGGGGGAAAAGGGCCCGCUAUUGUGCUCGAAGAUGCUGAUUUGCCGGCUGCUGCGAAACGCUGUAUAAUGGGAGCUUUUCUUCAUCAUGGUCAGCUUUGCUUUUCGACAGAGAGGAUUGUAGUCGCUGAGAAGGUGGCACCCGAGUUCUUCAAACUACUCAUCGCCGAAACUGAAUCAUUCCCCGUUACCGAUGGAGUUAGUCCCAGGAUUGUGGAGGCUUCUCUGCAAAAGCUUCUUGAUGCGGAGAAGAAAGGAGCGUCUUUCCUUUGCGGUGGUCCUGAGAAGCUGUCGUCAUCAAAGCUUCGCCCGACACUUCUUCAAGGAGUGACAAAAGACAUGGAUAUCUAUUAUGAAGAAGCUUUUGGGCCUUCCGCAUCUGUUUUCGUUGCCCGAGACGAUGAUCAUGCCAUCGAGAUCGCUAAUGAUAGCUCCUACGGACUGAAUGCUGCUAUUCAUACCCAGAAUUUCGAUCGAGCUUGGCGAAUGACUCAAGAGCUCGAUUUUGGUCAAGUUCAUAUCAACAAUAUGACACCCCAUGAUGAACCGACAUUCCCAAUUGGCGGGGUUAAAGGAAGCGGGUGGGGUCGAAACAAUGCCCUUUGGGGACUGCAGGAAUUUAGUGAAACAAAACUGAUGACUUGGAGUGUUGAAGGGCAGAAGUUUGUCUAA